UGAUAGAGUGAAUAAUAUUUCAUUGGUAAAUAGGUACCUAGCAGUAAUUAGAUAUUAAUUUGAUUUUGGUAUGAUCGUCAUUACGUAGUGCAUAGGUCAAUUAAUCAAUGAAGGGUUUUCUAUGCUAGAUAUUUUGCUCUAUUGCCGAUCCAUCUACAUUAAAUAACGAAGGAUUAUCAAUUAAAUUUGUAAAAAUGGUUAAAUAUUUUGAGAAUCAAAGUCUAUUUCCUUUUAAAUGGGAACAAGUGGUUCACGGUUUUUGGCAGAGGUACCCAAAUCCUGAAAGCAAGCAUGUACUGUCAGAAGAUGUGUUGCAUAGGGAGGUCAAAGACAAAAAGUUACAUUCAAUAAGAAUGUUCACAAAAACAAACAAAUUACCAAAAUGGGGUGAACGGUUUAUACACAGCAAUGUAGUUCGAAUCGUGGAAGAAUCGAUAGUCGAUCCAGCAAAAAAGACUUUAGUAACGUACACAAGGAAUAUAGGUUAUACCAGUGUUAUGGGUGUCACUGAAAAAGUUAUAUAUAAAGUAAAUGAAGAAAAUCCUAGUACAACAGUUGCCGAACGAUCGGUAUGGAUUGAAUCCAAUGUGUUUGGCAUGUCAAAAGCAAUUAAAGCAUUUGGCCUACAAAGGUUUAAAGUAAAUAGUGCCAAAGCAGUCAAGGGAUUUAAUUAUGUGCUCAAUAGUAUGUAUGGAACAAAUGUUGCCAAUCCUACUGCUGGUGGAUUAAUGCAUCAGAAAGAAAAGUUUAAGGACGCUUUGAAGCAAACUAAUUACAAACCAGGAUCUUAUUAUGUUCAUUGAGUAUCUGAUCAGAUUCUUCCUUAAGACUUUCAACGUAGUUUAUGAUCAACAUUAAAAGGAUCAAAUAAAGACCUACGAUGUACAUUGUAAAUUAUUGUUUUCAAGUGUUAUAAAAUGUUUGGGAUUCUAUGACCACUAUGGACUAAAUAUGAUGGUUUAUAACUAAUUAUAAUGAAGAAACACAAUCAUUCGAUUUUAUAAUGGUUUUUACUCUAAAACCAUCAUGCACCGAAUAAAACACAAUCUGCUUAGCUAUGUUCUAGUACAAAAAAAAAUUAAAACUGUGGCAAUAAAUAUGGUGAAGGUGUCAUAAAAUAAAAUAACUAACAAUAAAGAAUCCUAAUUAUACUGUAGAAUUAUUUUACAGUAGUAUUAAUUUUUACUUAAAAUUUCUCGAAAAAUUGCUUAUGCCAAACACUAAAAAUUAAAGCAAAGAAAUGAUAUAAUGUACUAUUUAAAUAAACCCUUAACCAUAAAAUAUAAUAAUACACUUUAGCGCGUCUCAUUUCUUAGUAUGUUGUAUGUGCUGAUUGGUGGUAACUUAGCUGCCGAAAUACGUAUACGCUUUAGAGUAUUAUUUUUGUUAUGGAUUUAUUUAAAUGUUUUAUUAUUUUAUUUCUUUACUAUAUAUUCCACAAGUGUACUUAAGUUUUUCUCUUAAAAAUUGUUGGUUUAACGUCCUUUCUUAACAAAUACAAUUAAAUAUUAAAA